AGUAUGUUAUUUGCCAAGGUGAUUGGCCGAGUGAAGUUAAUGUAGUUAGUAUGUUAUUUGCCAAGGUGAUUGGCCGAGUGAAGUUAAUGUAGUUAGUAUGUUAUUUGCCAAGGUGAUUGGCCGAGUGAAGUUAAUGUAGUUAGUAUGUUAUUUGCCAAGGUGAUUGGCCGAGUGAAGUUAAUGUAGUUAGUAUGUUAUUUGCCAAGGUGAUUGGCCAAGUGAAGUUCAUAUAGUCGUUAUGUUAUUUGCAAAGGUGACCACGGUAGCGCACGCAUCGAUGUAAAUGAGGCGAAGGGAGGUAUAUUUUUUCACUUAUCCCCAGACAUUUUGCAGAGAGAAAAUGAUGCUUUCUGUAAUGACUUCCUGCAAUCGAAAGGAUAUUGAGUAUAAAGGUAAAAUUAAUCAUUUAAUUGAAUGUGAAUCAAACGUUUACACAGCAGGCGAUGUGUGGGAACGUACCAGCUGCGUCUUAUUAGUUCUCGCGAUUCUCUCGUCCGUCUGUUAAGCCCACACAAAGAAAACCAAAACAAAAUAACUAUGAAAACCUUUCAAUGGAUCAUUUUUCUGACCGUCAUUCAUCUCUCAGAAUUGAUAGCUUCAAAGGAAGGCUUUGAGAUAAAGAUGCUGCUGCCAAGAGCGUCUAGCGUCUGGGUGCUUAACGACAGACCUCGAGAAGUCGUGUUUAAUAUUACGGGUGAUGGCAUGACCAAACACUGGGACGUAACACUUAUAAAAGACGGGGAGACAAUUGGAGAUUUUGUGAACAUUGGCAGUGUUGAGCUCUCAUCAUCAGCAGCAACACCAUCAUCAUCAUCGAUAACAACAACAAAACUAUCAUCAUUAUCAACACCAUCAUUAUCACCACCAUUGCCAUCCAAGCCCUCAACAACUUGGAAGGUAUUCAGAACAAAGGUUUUACUGGAGCGCAGUGUUAAAGAGGGUAUGUACAGGGUGCAGGUCUGUGGUGGUACGACGGAAGGGGGAGAUGGAUACUUGUACUGCGCAUCAACGGCACUCUUCAAGGUCAUUGCUGGAGUCUCAGAGGAACACUUCACGCAGCACGAGCAGCGCUUCAAAGCUCGCGGACUAACAAAGGAAAGAAUGCUUUCUGGAGUAGAUCUGGAUAGAAUAUGGCCCCUAAACAAUACAAAAUGCACCGUAAGAAGGAUACACAAGCCCACAAAAGAAGAAUUUAUAGAGAGGUGUAUGAAACCAGCUCAAGCAUGUGUGAUAUCUGGGGCGAUGGAGGACUGGGAGGCCCUGAAGUCCUGGCCGUUAGACGUGUUGGAGACUGACCCACGGCUAGCCGAGGGAAUAUACAUCGGCGACCGUGAGGAGAUGGUCCCCGUGCGCGUGUUUAACCGAUAUACCAAGACACGGGCAAAACUAGACGCCGCUCCUUGGAUGGUCUUCAUGCCAGAUGUGUUUGAGAUGUACCCGGAGUUACUUAAGGAUUACAAGGUGCCCGACUAUUUCUCCGAAGAAGACGACUUUAUGACAGGCGUUCCUGACGAUUUGCGUAUGGACUGGAGAUGGAUAAUCAUGGCCCCUAGGGGGAGUGGGUCGGGGUGGCACUGUGAUCCAGCUAACACAACGGGCUGGUUGGCACUGGCAACGGGAGCCAAACUAUGGGGACUUUACCCGCCAGAGCAGGCACAUAUACCGGGCGUGAAGAACAAUUAUUAUCAGAAGCGUGACUACAACAUGGACGAUGCUUACAACUGGUGGAUACACACCCGCCCAAGUCUGGAAUAUGAUCUACCGCGCGAGUGUAUUCAGCAGGCGGGAGACAUCGUGUACAUACCGAGUGGGUGGUACCACGCCGUGCUUAAUCUGGACCACACCGUGGCCGUUACACAGAACUUCUGCAACCUAUACAGUAUCAAGUCGUGCCUGAAAGAGUUAAAGGAGCAGGCUGAUAGCGAUGGGAACUUUAUAGGACGCACCUUCGAGAGACUUCGAGACAUGUACAAGGGCAGGUAUCCCGAUCUCUUCGAGGCCGGAGACGAUGAUUUUAGAGCUCCAUCACCAGGCGAGGGAAUGACGCUCCCUCAAAUAAGAGAGAAGCAAAUCGACGACCUUAAAAACUUUUUGUCAACAUAAGAUCGAUAACAGAAACAUGACCACAAAUAGUCUGUAUACUCUUGUUUUAAAUAAAGUGACUUGAGAGUGUCUAGUAGCCUGCAAUGAUUUAUGGAUAUCAAUAAAUAGAACAGAAAUACGGGUAAUUGAAACCAAUUAUAUAUGGGUAAUGUUA